AAUAAAAAUUAAGCUUCCUCUAUCCAAUCUAUCAAAAUCAUGGCUUCUUCCUCAUCAUCUUCUUCAUAUUCUUUGCUGCUCUUUCUCUCUCUACUUCUUCUACCGUAUAUUACUUCUUCCAAUAUUAUCACCAUACCCAUCUCACAUUUACCCAAAAACCCACAUCCAGAUCCUUACCAGCACCUCAGCUACUUAGCAAAUUCCUCUUUAAAAAGAGCCCACCACCUCAAAAAUCCCCAAACUACCCCUCCUCAUACCAACACCGAAAUCCCAUUUUUCUCCCACAGCUAUGGAGGCUACUCCAUUCCCCUGAGCUUUGGCACCCCUCCCCAAACCCUCCCCUUCAUGAUGGACACUGGUAGUGAUUUAACUUGGUUCCCUUGCGGCAAAAACUACCAGUGCAUCAAUUGCUCCACUUACCUCAACAACACCGCCGAAGUCAAAUCUUUUAUUCCCAACUUGUCCUCAUCUUCCGAACCCCUCGCCUGCUUGAACCCCAAAUGCGCUAUGGUUUACCCGAAAAUUCACUGCCCAGAUUGCAAACUCGGUUCGAAAAACUGUACCCGGAGAUGCCCUUGGUACACAUACCCCUACGGCUCUGGCGACACAAGUGGAAGUCUACUCUCUGAAACGCUGCACCUCCCUAAUCGACGCGUACCCGAUUUCCUUGUGGGCUGCUCCAUUCGCGCUUCCGACCAACCAGCCGCGGGCAUUGCCGGGUUGGGCCGCGGCCCAGCUUCUCUCCCCACCCAAUUGGCCGUCAAAAAAUUCUCCUACUGCCUUCUCUCUCGCCUAUUCGACGACACUAACAAAAGCAGCUCACUGGUCCUCGUCGGCGGAAAAGACUCCGUCAAGAAAACUAAAGGCAUCAGCUACACGCCGUUUGUGAAAAACCCAGAAGUCCCCGGAAAGGGGGCUUUCCUCACCUAUUACUACGUCGGCCUCAGCCGCAUCACUGUGGGAGGGCGGCGCGUGAAGAUUCCGUACAGGUACCUAAGGCCUGACAAGAACGGCUCCGGCGGGACCAUAGUCGAUUCCGGGACCACCUUCACGCAUAUGGCGCCUGAGGUGUUCGAGCUCGUGGCGGGAGAGUUCGAGAAGCUGAUGAAGGGCUACAAGAGGGCGGAGGAAGUGGAGGCUUUGACUAGGUUGAGGCCGUGCUAUAAUGUUUCCGGGAUCGAAACGCCGAUGUUUCCAAGCGUGACGUUUCACUUCAAGGGAGGGGCUGAGAUGGCGCUGCCGGAGGAGAAUUACAUGGCGCCGGCCGGUUGGAAGGUGCUGUGCUUGACGAUUCGGGGUGAUAAUUUGCCUGUGAUCUCGUCUGGGCCUUCUAUAAUUCUGGGGAGUUUCCAAAUGCAGAAUUACCAUGUGGAGUAUGAUUUGCAGAAUGAGAGGUUUGGGUUCAAGCAACAGCAAUGCAACUGAUGUCUUUUCUUUUUCUUUUGUUUUUUUCUAUCAAAGAAUAAAUCUGUGCAGAAUGAGAGAAUCAAACCCACCUGGUUCAUAAAGUACAUGCAAAAUAAAAAUAAACAUCAUUUGCACUCCACAAUCA